CAUAGAACAGACAAACCUGGUGUCUGUGUGGUAUGUUGUCAACGAGGUUGGUGAGGUUAUCUGCCCUGUGAAAAAGGAGUCCAGUGAUUGGGGUCACACUGAUAGUGAUACAAGGGCCCACCAACAGUCCUGCCAGGUCUCAGCAGUCUGGUGAUUGGCUACCAUCAGACCUUGAUGACGCUGUAAAAGGGAAAUAGAAACGUAUUCAUAAGUUGCUGUGCGACUCAGAAAUGAAAGUGAGAGUAAUCGCAGUAAAUAAAUGCAGCAGUGACAGGGAUUACAACAUCGUGAUAAACACAUUUAUUGAAGCCAACUUUACAUAAGGAUUUAAAAUGGAUUCAUUUGUGGUUUAGAGAUUUGCACAAUGGCUGGACAGAAUUAUGUUAGUGAACUUAAUGAAUACAAACAGAAAAACAAUGUGACAGCAAUAUAUGAGGAGGUUUCUGUAAAUGGACCAGACCACGAUCGAACAUUCACCUUUAAGGUUAUUGUUAAUGGUGUUGAAUAUCCUGAGGCCAUUGGCAAAACCAAGAAAGACGCAAGACACUAUGCAGCUAGGGAAGCUCUUGAAAUGAUACGUGGCCAAUCCAACACAUCUAGUGACACGACAAGUGGCAGAAGAGAAUCAUGCACAUCACCAUCUGUACCUUCGAACCAGAUCAACUGCGUAAGCUGGCUUAAUGAAUAUUGCCAACGAAAACAACUGUCAAUCCAACUAGUUAAGAACAGUCAUAUGGGACCUGCUGGUUUACCUCAUUUUUCCUGCCAAUAUAACAUUGGGAACAGAGAAUAUCCUGAGGGAAUAAGGAACAGUAAGAAAGAGGCCAAAAAAGAAGCUGCAAGGCUUGCUUAUGAACAAUUGCAGCUUGAGGAAAAUGUACAGACUCCAAACAAAAGCCAGAAUGACAGUAAUUCAGGACUUGAUUCUAGCUUGGAUUAUUCAUCAUCAAGUGCUACACCAGUUUUUGAAAAUCAAACAAAUGGUACAAGUACACCACAACAGGCCCAGUAUGAAAGUUCCAGCAGACAGUCUUCAAUUAAAAGUCAUUGUGGAAACUCUGAAUCUCAAAGGACAGGGAAUGAUGAUUAUAUUGUAUUCAAAGACAGUUCUUCCAGCAAGAAAGAAAAUCCUGUUGCCUUAAUAAAAGUGAGUCCUCGAGGUACCAGAUUAAAAAAUAGAAAAGUAAACUUGGCUCCUGAUUUCAGAAAUGACUUCAAGUCUACACCAAACAAGAAUGAUCAGGAAAAUAUGGUAGCCAAUUUAAAUAUGGAGAGACCCUCGGGCAAGGAUGUCGAUGAGAAAACAAACUUUUAUAACCCACAGAACCCAAGAUUUCUACUGGAAUUUGAAGAAAUAACCAGCCUGGGUAAAGGUGGCUUUGGGAGUGUUUACAAGGCGAGAAAUAAACUUGACAAAAACAUGUAUGCUGUGAAGUGUGUGAAGUAUGAAAAAAAGGCUGAGCGUGAAGUUGCAGUAUUGGCACGACUUGAGCAUGACAACAUUGUACGCUAUUCUACUUCAUGGUUUGAAGAGUUACCAGGAAAACUGCUGGAAACAUCUGAAAGCUACAGCAGCUCAAGCUCGGACCCCAGUGCUUUACAUAAAUACCUCUUAAUCCAGAUGAAACUAUAUGAAAAGGGAACAUUGAAAAACUGGAUUGAUGAUAAAAAUCACUUAAAGACAACAAGAAGCAAAACUGAUGCUUUGAAAAUAUUUACACAGAUGGUCGAUGGAGUUGAAUAUAUUCAUUCAAAUAAUCUGAUUCAUCGAGAUUUAAAGCCUAGAAAUAUCUUUUUAAGUGAGGAUGAUAAAAUAAAAAUAGGGGAUUUUGGACUUGCGACUGAAAUAAUCAAUGAAAACGAUGGCAACUCACUCCAAAGGACUAAGCGCACAGGAACCGUGUCAUAUAUGAGUCCUGAACAGGAAAACCAGAACAAAUAUGAAAAUGAAGUGGACAUUUAUUCCCUAGGAUUAAUUUGGUUUGAACUUCUUUGGCGGUUUAAAACAGAAAGUGAAAAGUUCCAUAUGUGGAGCAAAAUAAGGGGUCGGGAGUUUCCUGAAGAGUUUCGCACACAGUACAGUACUGAGUUCAGAUUAAUAAAAAAGAUGCUGUCUGAAACACCAAAGGACAGACCAAAAGCUUCGAAGAUUGCAGAACGUUUGGAUAGGUAUUUCAAAAAGGAGACUGAACACAAAGAGACAAAGACAGUAUAAGGACAAUGCUGGAAAUGUACCCUAUAGCAAUGUUAGCAGGGAUGCCAACCACUAAAACAGUACACUAAGUAGCUUCAAAGGAGUGCUGCAGGCUUUUUUACAUUUUUCUUACUAUGUGAGUAUGUUAUUAUAAUGUUGAAUGAGCUUGUCUGGAGAAUCUUAAGUGCCAGGACUGAACAGACUCUAAUCCACUCAAAUAUAUGACCUUCUAACUCUGCUAAUAUCAACUAAACACUAUAAAAGUAAUGGGGAAAAUGUUUUAAUUAAAAAGAAAAACAAUUACAAGUCUAUUGGAAUCUAUUUUUAAAAGACCAUUCCAGUGUGAAACAAUUCUUAUUAAUUUAAAUGCGGGGAAACAACGCCCAAAUCGAAAUAUGGUUUUAAAGCACAAAUAAAUACUUUUUGCUCUCGCUGCGGAAUGUCAUAAAAUCUGCAAGAGUUCAAUUAUAUAUUGUAAGUAAACCACUGAAUACAAAAAGUCACCACUAUUAUGUUCAUUCUCUCUUUAACCACCACUAUCUUAAAACAAGUCAACAGAUGUUGUACCAAAGAUGUUAUGGCAGAGCUGUGAUGUGCUGGCUCACUUUCCAUCUUUGUGUUGCACGGGUGGUAGAUGAUCACACGAUACAUCAACAUUCUCCAAGAAGGACUUUUUCCUGUCUAUGCCAAUGGUCAUCUGUCUGGUGUUUUUAUGUAAAAUGGUGCCCGAACUCACACCGCCCGUGCAACGCAAAGUGGAAAAGAGAGUCAAAGCAUCAGAACUCUGCCAUGGCCUGGCCAAUCACCGGACAUGAACCCCAUUGAGCAUGUGUGGGCAAUCCUUGACCAAUCCCUGCAAAAGCGCCCCAGUAACCCCACUUCCUGGGACUCCCAAUACAGAUAAUGUGCCAGGAAUGGGCUACAAUGCUGCAGACCAGGAUUACUGAUGUCAUCCACACAAUGUGUGGACAAAUUGCUGCCUUGCAUAAGGCAAAGGGCGGCACCACAAAGUAUUUGGCCAGUGCUAUGUAUGGUUCCAGAAAAAGCAGGUGUUCUUUCCUACUUGGAUGUUUAUUUACUUAUGUCAAGUCUCUAUGUGUUUGAAGAGUUUCAAUUGAGGCUAUCACUGCAAUUAGAUGUCUCAAAACAUCACACACAGUUUAUUUUAGCUGCAUCACACAGACUUUAUUGUAGCUGUUCACAAGUGGCUUACCAAGUUAACAUGUUGUUCAUUUUUGUUAAUGGUUAAAAAAAGUACAGAUGUCUUUAAUAAUGUCUAAACAAAAUGAAAUCAUUUUCGCUCAAAUGGUUGAUUCGGAAAAUCUUUCUGUCCCAGCAGCUGAAAAAUAAUGAAACAGGUCACCAUAUAUUGCCUAACCAUUAACAACUCAUUAAAAAAAAUAUUGAAACAUGUCUAUUAAGUUGUUAGUUAGGCAGCCAUUAACAGUUAAAUAAAUACAAACUUCAAAAGAAUUGUUAAAGCAUUAACAACAUUUUCAAAAGUAAUACAAGUAGGACUUGCACUGUUGACAUUAACCACACUGAUAAAUUCCAGCUGAACUAUGAUCCCAUUACAAUCAAAGAUAAGAUGUUGGCUUUGGGUCAGUUUUCAUUGUUUUGUUGACUUUAAAUGUGCACAGGUCUAAGCUGUCUUCCAUUUGUAUUUGUGUAAACGCAUUCGUCCUUCGGAUGAGACGUAAAACCGAUGUCCUAUUGUAAGUGACUGUGCAGCAGCAGUUGUUGUUGAUGCAUAGUUCACCCCCCCAGGUCUCUGUAAGUCGCUUUGGAUAAAAGUGUCUGCUAAAUGACUAAAUUAAUAAAUCAUUCAGAAAUUAGAAGUCACCCUGAUGCAGGGCUAGAAACCUGCACGUGUCCUGCAUCCAGUCGUGGGUUUCAGAAUUGACCUUACGAACAUUAUUUAAAUAAUCAUAGGAUUUCAAUGCAUGUUGAUCUCGGUAGUGCGGAUAGUAUUAUUCAUGUUUUAAUAAGAGCGAUCUGUUCAGAGCCAAUUUACCUGGUGCCUGCUUUCUCAAAUUCCUGGCACCUGGUGAUUUUCAAGAAUAUAUCAAAACAAGAGGACUUCUGAAACCAAGGACUGGGCAUAGGACUAUUGUGGGUUUCUAACCCUGCCAUGUUAAAGACUGUAAAAAAAGACCACUUUUAGAUGAUCCCUAGAGUAUUGUUUCAAGCAGAUGUAACUCUGAUCCAAGUCUCAGAUGCAAAUAUUGCCAUUUUUUAAAAUCAUGAACUUAGUCUUGUUUACUUGUGCACAUAUCCAGUGUAAUCAUGAAAAUAUAAUUGUUUAUUGGGUUGUUAUGUCAUGCUGUUGAUUUUGAUUUAUAAAUGUUAAUUUUACAUGGCCGUUAUCCCCAUUAACCCCUUUUACAAAUUGACCUGUAUGUAUUUUGACAGCUAUUACAAUUAAUUCAAUAUCGACUGAUGAUAAUGCUGCUUUGCAUUUUUACUGAAGGGAUACUUUGUACAACACCGUAUAAAAGUAGACUCUUAUAGGAUGUAUAUUAACUGCAGUUACCAUAUGUUUACAGUACUUAUUAUAUUGGGUACGCCAAUAAAUACUGUAUCUAAAGAGAACAUGUAUCCAAUCUUUUUAGACUUUCAAUAAUCUAAGGAGUGUAAAUACUGCAGCUCUUUAAUAUGAUUUGAAUUAAUCUGGAAUUUUCCGCCAGGGGUUUCUUACUGAACAGGAAAUUUUAUUAGUUGGUGUAAAAUGUAAUAAAUGAUUACAUGUUUUAAAUUUUAAA